AUGCCUCAAAUGGUACAAAAGACCACCGAACAAUUGCAACAACUCAUCGAAGCUGUACGCAUAUCGACAGCCAACAGUGCUGCCCAAGCUGCUGAAAAUAUCCAACAAAAAUCCAAGGGCAGUUUCUGUAAUUGCCCCUCUCGUUUCGGUGGUCAACGUGAUCAUGAAGCUGUCGAGGAAUUCAUUACUUCAAUUGUAACGUACAAGGAAAUCGAAUGUAUUAGUGACGAGGAUGCCUUGAAGAGUAUCUCUUUGCUGUUGGUCUCCACCUGGUGGCAAGGUGUACGCAAAGAAGCUAAAACAUGGAAUGAUGUUUUGGCUCUGAUUGGUGUCCAUAUAAUUUGCGUGGUCAUACCACAGAACAGAGUCGAAAACGCAAAGCGGCCGAAGAAUAAAAUUAUGUUGACAACAACAAACACCACACAGAUCAUGUCAUACACCACUCGCAAUGGAAUAAACUAA